AAAUUGACAUUAAGGGAUUAUAACGUGCAACGAGUUUUUCAUUAAGUAAACGAUUAUCUCGUUGACCGGAACAAAUAAUGAACUUUUCAAGACAUAGAAUUUAAAGUGUUGUUAUUUCUCGAGAAAAUUUAAAGGAAGCGGUGUACAGUUUGGCGACGGCCGCUUAUAAGUUUGGAACUUAUUAAUGCACACGUAUUCUCCUCAGAAUAAACCACCUGUUCCAACGAUAAACAUGAUUUAUUAAUACGGUGAUUUAAACCUUAUCCGGUUGAGAAUGUUUGAACCAUCAGAGCUAUUUUCGUUGAGGAACAAAUUUAGACCCAGGAUUUGCUAACUUCAAGGGAAAACAAACCUCUCACACACAAGGAUUAUUUACUUUCUGUAUAUAUCUGGAAUUUAUAGAAGAAUGUGCUAUGACAUUAAAUAGGGGAAUUAACAAACUAAUGGAAGACCGUGCAGGAACGCAGCUCUAUAUUAGUGCAUUUUCACAAUGAGUUUCUGUCGAUUUGGUUUUCUACUGUUGCUAGCGUGCACCGGGCUGGCUGGGACGUCCUCCUCUUCUUUACUGGGAUCAGCUUUUCCUUCUCACUACGACGAAAAUCGAAGAAGAGAGAUCAUACAAGCUUUUGAGAAAACUUUUUUAAAUCUCUUCGGAUUGAGAGAGCGACCUAAACCGAAGAAAGACACUUUUAUUCCUCAGUAUUUGUUGGAUUUGUAUGAAAAACACAGCGAGGACCCGGACUCUCUCGGAGAUAGCGUCAAUGUCAAAAGACGUGGUGCAGGGUCUGCCAACACAGUUAGAAGUUUUCUUCAUAAAGAGUUGACUACUGACGUCAUCAAUAUGGCGGGGUGCGGAGAGCACAACUGCGCCCAUUUUUACUUCAAUGUAUCCUCCAUUCCAACAGAGGAAUCAUUAACUGGUGCUGAGCUGAGACUCUUCGUUGAUCAAAAUAAUGAAACGAAAAAUCCAGUGGGAAACAGGAAACAGUUCAGACAUAAAAUUGAAAUUCAUGAAGUUCUCCAGCCGGAAACAAAAAAUUCUGAAGCCAUAACUAGGCUGCUGGACGUACGUCACGUUGGAGGAAGAAAUGCAUCUUGGGAAUCUUUUGACAUUCACCCAGCAGUAUUAAAAUGGAAAAAGACUCCUAAUUUAAAUCAUGGAUUAAAAGUACGUGUGUUAUCAUUUAAAAACAAACCGUCCACAGACUCUAUAAAACAUGUGCGUUUACGACGAGAUGUAGAAAGUGUUGAGGAAGUGUGGCAUGAGAGACCUCUAUUGGUGACCUUUACGGACGAUAACCGUGGGUCACGGACUAAGCGUGCCGCCAGUGAUAAAACAAAGAAAGUUAGAAAAAAUAGGAAAAAUAGAAAAAAUAAAAAGAGGAAACGAAAUAAGAAGAAAAACAAUAGAAAAAAUAAAACGAAGAGGAAAAAGUAUAAUGACCAGUGUCGCAGAAAAGAGUUAAAUGUAGACUUUAAAGCCGUUGGUUGGAACGAUUGGAUUUUCGCACCGCCCGGCUAUAAUGCUUAUUAUUGUGAUGGUUCAUGUCACUGGCCGUAUGAUGACCACAUGAAUGUGACAAACCAUGCUAUAGUCCAAGACUUGGUGAACUCCAUUGACCCUAGGGCAGCCCCAAAGCCCUGUUGUGUACCCACAGAACUCAGUUCGCUCUCUUUAUUAUAUACAGACGAACAUGGCACAGUUGUGCUAAAAGUCUACCAAGAUAUGGUUGUAGAGGGCUGCGGAUGCCGGUAGCCAUGAUGACCUUGUUAUUGUUAUUUGUUGUGAUAUUAUUUAUUGUGAAAAUGGAGGAACAAGUGUGUAAUGUGUGUUCUAACGCCUCUCGGAGAAAGCGUGUUCGAGAGUCAGCCUCAUAUUUGCUCAUCUUCAAUUUCCCAUUCAUUGACAAUCAUAGCAUUAUUUUCAUUUUACAUUGGAUUAUGAAAUUACCAUGUACUGUUAUAAUUUCAAAUUAUUUAAGUUCUUAUCAUUGUAAACAUUGUUCAAUUACAAAAUGAUAAAACAAACAUUCUU